AGUUAAUUGUGCUGGUGCCACGUCAGAGCUAUCAAAGUCUCAUGUCUGGAUCUAGCCUUGUGUGUCGGUGCCGCUGAAGCUUUGUACAGUUUGUUUCAAUCCUUCACUAUGUUGUUUGUUGGACUGAGCUUCUUGCUGCUGCAUGUUUUUGUGGUAUUUGGCACUGAGCUCACGUUCGAGCUCCCUGACAACGAUAAGCAGUGUUUCUACGAAGAGUUGGAGAAAGACGUGAAGUUUGAUAUUGACUUCCAGGUAAGUUUCAUAGAAGCUUCUUAACCCUUCUCUGAGUCUCUGCAAGGUGCCGUCAUUUGUUACUGAAAUGACUCAGGCCCUGUUGUUCUCAGAGGAGAGCUAACGCUAAGGUUUUAUUUAAUGACUCUUUCAAACUAGGAGUGUUUUAGGUGAGGUGCCCUUUUGAAAACUUAGAUGUUUUCCUGUUGUAUAACUUUAUAGCUUCAACAGAGAGGAUUUUCUUAUUUAACCAAUAAAAGCCAGUUUGAAUGAGCUCAACUUCCUCCCUCCAUAUGUUACAGCUCAAUAAUAAACAGUCUGUUACAGUAUCACACCUGUCACUACAUGUAUAAGUGUCUUGAAUGUGAGUCUUUCUCUAUUUUUUAGGUCAUAUCAGGAGGAAACUAUGAUGUGGACUGCUUUGUAACUGACCCUUUAAACAACGUCCUGUACAAUGAGAACAAGAAGCAGUAUGACAGCUUCUCCCACACCACAGCAAUGAAGGGUGUCUACAAGGUCUGCUUCAGCAAUGAGUUCUCCACUUUCACACACAAAGUCGUUUACCUGGACUUUCGCCAUGGAGACGAGGAUCCCUACUUUCAGAGUAUGACUAGCUCUUCAGCUCUGACUCAGGUGGGUUUGGGGGUACCUGGGUUACAACAUGAUGUCCAAGUUCCUUUUGCCAACCCUUUGAACAGCUGGUUUGUUGCUGUCACUUUUUUGAGUGGAUAUGAAUGGAUGAAUAAAUGAAACUUUAUUAAACCAGAAAAAACCUCACUGAGAUUAAAAAUCUCAUUUGCAAGAGUGUCCUGGCCAAGACAGGCAGCAGCACUUACACAUAGUUACAGAUAUAAACAAUUACAGACAUAUACAUAUACAGCUAGCUAAGUCAAAGUCACAGAGCAGAAUAUUUUCAGUCAAAGCACUUACAGCCUGCUUCAUCUUCCUCUAUGGUCUUUAAUCCACAUUUAAAAGAUUUAAAGAGACCACCUCUCCAAGACACAGCUUUGUUUGUAGCAUAUUCCAGUCUGCAGGAGCAGCAUAUCUAAAACUUCUUUUGCCCAUUUCAAGAUGAACUUUAAGGACAGAUAGCAAAAGUAGAUUUUGUGUCUAAGGUCGCACAACAAAGGCUAUAGCUUCCAGAACUUUUAAUAUGAAUAUAAUUACACAAGUAUGGUGGACACAGGCGAAGUAUAGCCUAGCUAGGAUCUAGCUAUUGUAUAGCUAUUGUUCAAAAGUUUGUAUUUAGCUGGCUGAAUGACUAUCCUUUUUUUAAACACUUGCAACAAGGCUCUGUAGAAACGGGAAACACAGAAAGCAACAGACAUAAUACCACAACACAGUUUCCCUAUCAAGGUUUCAGCAUGAGUAUGACUUGCAGAUUACUUAACAUCUAGUUACUAAGACAAGCUGAUCCGUCAUAGAGGUGGCAAGUGCAGCAAAAUGUGUCAUUUUUGCUUGUUUUAAAGAGAUAUUCCAGCGUGAAAUUAAUUUAGGGUCAAACAUACCGUAACACCGAGUUAGACACCCCCUCAAGAGACGAAUGUUACGGCUUGCUUCUCUAGUUAUACCAACUUUAGUAACGACUGCACAAUAGCAAUACAGAGCAGUCUCAGGAGCCAUAUACAAACCUCAACCAAAACGCCACUCUAUAGCCGCAAAUAAUGCUCAGAACAGCACCUAACUUCAUAAACAGUACAUAUAGGGUCCCAGCCACAGCACGAGCCAACAAACAUCUUUUUAACUUCUGCUGAUUUCUUUAGCACAGCACUUGUUUGUAGUGAGACCUCAACCAGUCCAUCAUCGACUGCAGCGGGGUGACGCAGCUCAAGGAAGAACAUUUAUAAUCAUUACUUUAUCAUUUCCUUUAAGUAAUCACCAUAUUAAUCAUUUUGCACUGCAGACGCGGUAGUUCUUCUGCCUUAGCGUCUCGGUCUGAUUGCAUUUCCAUGAAGAAAUGAAGAGAAGGCAGUUUAAGUACAGGCCACUAGAUGGGGAAAGAGUUACCAGCAGGAUCCUAUUUGCAAGCCUUUGAAUAAGCUCUACAUCCUCUACAAUAACCACAAACACAGAUGCCAAGUCUGAAUCAAAUAUACUCAGAACUUGAUAAGGGAUUCCCUUGUCGCUUGUCCACCAUAAAUUCCAGCUAAUUUUAACCCUGACACUUAUUGGAAAACUCUAGAAAGAUAAGGUGAAUCUUAACAAGAAUAUAAUUUAGCAUAUCAGAGGCAUUUGCCAUCUGCUGCUGUUCAUAUUUUCCUGUUUUGGUUUAUUUUUUUGUACUCAUUUCAGUUGGAGUCAUCUUGUGUCUCCAUCCAUGAGAGCUUAAGGACGGUGGCUGACUCGCAGACAUGGUACAGGCUAAGAGAGGCUCAUGACCGCACCAAGGCAGAGCAUCUCCUUGAGCGUGUGACUUACUGGUCCAUUGGAGAAACAAUCCUGCUGUUUGUCAUCGGCAUCGGACAAGUCUUGAUGCUGAGGAGCUUCUUCAAUGACAAGAGAGGCUCAGUGGCUGCCACUACUUAGAGCGUGUUCACUUGAAGGGCUCUGAAGGAGCGAAAACCCAAGCACAUCUCCUAAUGAUCGUGUAAUAGUGUAAUUGAACUUUCUACUGGAUGAUUUUAUUUCUUUUUUUUUUUUUCAGAUUAAACUUGAGAAUUUGUGACUGCAAAUUCAGGUUUGUAAAUUUAGUUCUUGGGAAGCUAUAGUUAAAAGAAUGACCUGUCUUAUGUUGAAAUUGAGUUUGACACCUUUCAAACUUGCACUUACUAUUUAUUACAUUUUUAAAGUACAACAUUAGGCAGCUGUAGUUCAUCUGUUUAUGACCCUUGUAGACCCCGGUUUCCUUGUAGAUCCGUCAGUAAUGAAAGUUUAUAGUGUGCAGUGAUAGGAACUAAAUAAGUUUUGUCUCUGAAUGUCUCCAAAUGUUGUUACUGCCUAAGAUUAUGUGCAAACAGUUGUUACCUACUGUAGAGCACUGACUGCCUCCUGUUGUAUGCAAAGUGCCUGAACAUUUUCUGGUUUAAAAAGUUACUGUUUUAUUUAAAUUUGUGACCUGCCAUACUGCUGUGACUGAUUGGUCUCUUCUUUAUUUUUAUUAAUUUCUACAUUUGGAUGAGAUUAUUUAAGGUGCUUUUCGACCAAAAACACCCUUUACCUUUAGUCCCAGGGACUUUUCUUCAAGGAACUGAAGGGUUCCUGUGGCCCAUUAUUGUCUGUGGUGGGCUGAAGUUCAGGGUAAAUAAUGCAAAUCAGACGAAUGACAUCGAAGGAUUGCAUCUGGAAAUGAAGUUACCUGCACAGCUCAGAGUCUUUGCUGAAUUUUUUCUUACAAAAAAUGUCAGAAAUCACACUGGCAGCAGGUAAGCUGCAUUGACUAUCGAAUGACAUCAGAUAACUGAAAAUAUUUGCUCUUGUACUGUUGCCCUUUGAUACCUCUACUUGUUUAACUUUGUCUCUGCUCAGCUGGUGUUCGUGCGUAAAUUGUAUAUCAGAUUAUGAUGUAAAAAGCAUGGUUUCCUGAUAAGGCUAACCCCUGACACUGUUAGAACACUCAAAAGCAUCCUCAAGAUAGUAAAAAUGUACAUAAACGGAGUCGGAAAUGGUGUUCAUACAGUUUUCCAGUUUUACUGUAGUUUUAUUACACAUGAAAAUUAACAACAUGCUUUUUUAUGCAAACGAAAUCAUCAGGCCCUGCCCUACAAAGUCCCUGUGCCACUAAAGAAUAACCCCUAAACGGGGGCUUUUCACAUGGUAAACUUUCUUCCCUAGAACUUAAUUUAGACCUAGUUCCUGCAGUCUAAACACACAGAGACUGUGUGGUUAGGUCCCUUGUUCCGGGCCAAAGUUCCUGCAGUCGAAAUGCACCUUAAGUAAGAUGUUGUGGGCUUUUUACACCAAGAAUGUAAUAUUUUCAUGUGUUGUUUUAUCUAUCUUAAAAUCUGUUAAACCUGUGAACAAAUUUCCAUGAGCUUGGAAUUUUCAUCAGGGGCAACUUCAAUUCAUAGAUAUUUCUAGAUAAGGCUGAUGGACUCUGCUUUAUUCUGGCAUUAUAGUAUGAACUUGCAUAACUGUUAAAGUUUUGUGAAUAAAAGAGACACUUCUAAAGGAU